AUGGCGUCUUCAGAGCAGUCUACAAGCAACAACAAGGACGGCUUCAAGCAGAAAGCAACACGCGAACCACAACCACAGACCCCAAAGCGUCCCAAUAGCAUCCAAAAGAAGAAGAAGACGGGGUCUAAGAGCAGCACCGCCACAGAGAGUAGCCGCAAGGCUCAGACUCUGCGUAAGUACGGGAUGGAGGGAACACGACACUAUCCUAUUGUACUCGAUCCCGAUUUCGUCAUCAAGGUAGAAGACGAGGGCACAGUCGACUCUCUGAUUAACAUCGACACUGCGCCGCCGAGACAUACAGACUGUAUCCCCGCUCUGAAGGAUCCUGGAAAACCAAGGGGAUAUCUAAGUAUGACGGAUGAGCAGAGGGAAUCCUACGACUACCGCUAUUUCAAAGCGGCUAGAGACAGAGACCGAGAAGCUGCACGUAAAUGCAAGGCAAUACUUAUAGGCGCCGGACAGAGCAGUAAGGCGUGUAGGACCGAGGACAAGGACACCAACGACAAGAGUGACGAACACAACAACGCUUUCAUUAACGACGACGAGCCCGGCGACGACGAAUCAACACGUUCCACCUCACCUCAUCCUAUCCCCACCGCUACCCCGCUCUCCCCCCGCCAUCUCAACUACUUCGUGACCACGUUCCGCCAUUACAUCUGGCUAGACACCAUACCCAUCAGCACUGUCGUCGCUCAGGUAAACGCGUGGACAAAGUCGCACAGGGGCUUUUCCUUUAGCGAUGCCGGGGCUUUGUGCGGUCUACAGGAGUUAGAGCGGAAGGGCGAGAUCCGUGUAUACGACGACAAGGUCUUCUUCCCUAAGGCUUUCCACUUGCUCCUCGUCGACGCCCGGCAGACCGAGGAGAUUAUUAGUUUGCAACAUCCUAUCUCGCCUCCGUCGUCGUCUCACACAUCGCUGUCGACAGACCAGUUCACUCGCUUUCGCAAUAAGCUUUCGAAGCUUGUGGACAGUCCAGCAUUCAACAAGGAUAAUUUGUUAUCCACAGAAGAAGUCUGGCAGGCUAUCAACCGUGUCUCAAGCGAGAAGUUCAACAUGAAAGAAGUGGAAGAAGCACUAGUUCGGCUGAGUAAGCGGGAGGAAGUUACAUUGUUAGGAGGGAAGAGGUACUUUUUGUAA